AUUAUCAUAAUGGUGGAAGUAUCAGGUUGUGGUGAAUUACAACAAUUAGUUCAAGAAGAAGAAUGUGAGGAACCACUUAGUCGUGGUGGUGAAGCUACACCUCCUUCAACACCAGCAAGAUCACAACAUCCAAGUAAAAAUGAAACACAUAGUUCUCAUGUAUCGCAACAAGUAUUAUGGGAAAGCAAUACUCAGACUUCUCCUAUUGUUAGUAAGGGUAGUUCUGGCCAAGCAACUAGUCAAGGUUCUAUGGUUUCUGGUAGAGCCAUUAAUUUUUCAAAUCAUACUGCCAAUCAGUCUCGUUUGAUUUAUCUUAAUGAAAAAGAAAAACAAAGACCUAAUCGACCAGCCUCCAAGACUCAUCGGCAACAAAAAGAUAUGACACCAUGCAAACAUCACUGUUUUUUAUCAGAGGUACCUGAUGUCAGACGCAUGGAACAAGCUUUAUUACAACUAUUAGAAGAUUUUCAUAGUGGAAAUUUACGAGCUUUUGGUAAAGAUUGCAGUAUGGAACAUAUGACAGAGAUAAGAGAACAGCAAGAACGUCUAGCCAGACUUCAUUUUGAAUUGGGUCAGAGACAAGAAGUUGGUAGCGAACAAUCUGGCUUAAGACAAUCAAGUGCAAAUAUGAGACAUUUACUUCAUCGUCUUCAACAACUUAGUGUUUGCAUUGAGAAGUUACAUAGUAAAUAAAUUUAAUAUUAAAUAGUAGAAGUAAAUUUUCUACAAUUUUCAUAUUAUACUAAUCCUACAAGAUAAAUAAAUUAUAUCAAAUUUGA